GUGUGGCCUCCCCGCGCCUCUGGAUUCUCCCUCCCAUUCUCGUUCGUCCUUAGCGUCCCCUACCUUGCUCCCUGUACUAUCGCGCUUGAUCUCCCUCCCCCCUUGCUCCUCCCUCUCGUCCUUCCCCAGUCUCCAAACUCCUUCGCAUGAAACAGUACUGAAAUAUCCGUUUCAAAUUGGCUGAAAAUCUGCUAAAUGAAGGCAUAGAGAUUUUGUCAGGCCAAAGGUUCAUAAUCUGUAGUAGACAUACAGAUCGACACAUAUGGCUAGCCAAAUAUCUGGUACCAUAGCAUCUAGUGGGGUGUGCUAUAAUGAUAAACACAGAAUGCCGUGUAAGCUGAAAGCACUACGCUGCGUAGCAUCGAAUUGUUUACCACUAGAGGUAGAGGUAAGGAAGUGGAUGAACGGAUAUCAUAUCAUCAGGUCCUUUCCAAACGAUAGGCAUUGGAAAACGAAUGCGAAGUCCAAUGGUUACCUACUCCAACAAGGUCCGAAUGUUUGGUGCCAUUCUUAUGGUUCUCGUAGUGCCAGUGAAACUAAAGAGUGCAAUAUUCCUGAAGAUGGCAACAAUCCUUACAGGGAUUUUGAUGAGCAUCCAAGAGGAAUGUCACAUUUUUCAGAUAGUCAAGUUGCAGCUCAGGAAAAAACACUAUAUUCUACUCAAGGGCUGUCUGAAGCGUGCCAAUUUGUCUAUAAUGAUGCAAAGUUUGUGAAUGAAAGAGCUCAGAGUGAUAUUCUUUUGCUUUCACGUGGCAUCACAAGGUUGAACAAACGUGCAUCUAAGGAUGUUGCUGUAUUAGGAUUGGGGUUUCUCAAGCUUGAUGAUUGCCUGAAAGCUCGUGCAAGGAAGGACACCCGAAAGAUUGAUAACAGUGUGAAGGAACGGGCAGCCCACCUAACCAAUUUUGCUAGAAUAUUGAAGGAGCGAGCUCAUUCAGACUUGAAGAAAGCAGCAGAUCAACAUUGGAGUGAUGGUGCUUUGGAGGCAGAUCUGCGACGAGCUGACAUGGUUGUUCGACGACGUGCCAUGGAGGAUGCUUUCAUGGCUUUAAAGUUUGUUCGGGAUAUUCAUGACAUGAUGGCAACCAAACUACAAUAUCAGUUCAUCACACUGGAGAAAAAUGGGAAGAUUCUUAAGUUGUUCCCUCGUGAAGUUUCUACUGAUCAAAUCGCUGCCAUAGAGGAUGCAUAUCUUAAUAUGGCAUCUGCCUUAUCUGAGGCUGAUGGUAUCGACUACACCAAUCCUGAGGAGCUUGAAUUAUUAGUAGCGGCUCUUAUUGACCUGGAUGCUAUGGAUGGGAAAAAGAGUGUUUCCUUGAUAGUUGAAUGUUCAAGCUCUCCAGAUGUUAAUACCAGUUGGCCAUCAAUGCAAGGUGCAUUUCCCAUGCGUCGCAUCUUGUGUCGUUGCUCAAGGCAAGCUUUGCCCUCUUGUCUGCUUCUCUUGCUUGAUGGGUGUGCUCUUCAUAUUCGUGUUUUUGAGCACGAAGAGCUUGAUGCGCUUGAUUUUCUUGAUUGGCUUGACGAACUUCUUCUCGGUGGUGCGCAUUGCGCUCUUCAUCCUUGUCCUCGUUCACGUUCUAGGAUUCAGUCUUGUAGUCUGUUGCCGCAAGGAGGGUUUGGAAGCUUGAUGCGCUUGAUUUUCUUGAUUGGCUUGACGAGCUUCUUCUCGGUGGUGCGCAUUGCGCUCUUCAUCCUUCUGUUGCUGCAAGGAGGGUUUGGAGCGCGGGAGGGCUCGAGGUCUUGCUGGUCAUGGAAAGCUUUGGCUAAUGCAUUGGCUGCAGCUCCAUCUAUGUGGACCCUAGGGAAUGCUGGGAUGGGCGCAUUACAGAGAUUGGCUCAAGAUUCCAAUCCCGCUGUAGCUAGCUCUGCAGCAAGAGCCAUUGGCGAACUCAGAAAGCAGUGGGAGCUUGAAGAGGGUGACAGUCUGAGGUUUGUCAUGAACCAAAACUUGAUUUCCGAAGAGACUGACAGCGACAGUUGAGUAGCAGAUGAUGUCACCACGUGAGGCGUAAAUCAGAUGAAUGACUCAACACGUACAGAGUGUAAUAGGAACCGAAAAAUGUGUAACUGAGUCGACUGCAUUUCUCUGUGUUACGUCGCAGCAUAAAAUGUGCUGCUUGUUGACUACAUCACGAGAAGGCAUGUCAAGGUACCUGAUAAGUGCUAAACAAAUGUGAAGUGGUGUAAUGAGAACUCAUUUCCCCCGACCCAAUUAUUAUAUACUCCCUCAGUCCCAUAAUGUAGAUGAAUUUGGCCAGA